AGGAGGAGGAGGAGGUAGUGGUGGUGGUGGCCGCAGGCUGAGUCGCGGCCGGGAUGUCCGGGCAGCCGCCGCCGCCGCCGCCGCCACAGCAGCAGCAGCAGCAGCAGCAGCAACAGCAGCAGCAGCAGCAGCAACAACAGCAGCAGCAGCAGCAGCAGCCACAGCAGCCACAGCAGCAGCAGCCACAGCCGCAGCAGCAGCAGCAACAGCAGCAGCUGCCGCCCCCGCCGGCGGCCGUGGCCCCCGGCCCCGGAGUGGUCCUGCCCGCGCCCGCGGCCGCCAGCGCCGGCUCCUCUCCGGCCGGUUCCCCCGGCAGCAGCGGCGCCGGCGGCGGCGGCGGCGGCGGCUCCUCCUCGGGCGGCGGCUUGGGGGCCGCGGCGGCCGCGCUGCUGCUCCACCCGCCGCCGCCGCCGCCGCCCCCGGCCGCCGCCGCCGCCGCCGCGCCGCCGCCGCCUCCCCCGCCGCCGCCGCCUACCGCCGCCUCCCCCGCCGCCGCCGUUCCCCCCGCCAGCGCGCCCCCCGCGCCCCCGGGCCUGGCGGCGGGGCCCGGCCCCAGCGGGGGCGCCCCGGCCCCGGGCCUGCCGGCGGCGGCGACGGCGAGCAGCGGCGGCGCGGUCCCCUUCCCGCACGGCGACUCGGCCCUCAACGAGCAGGAGAAGGAACUGCAGCGCCGCCUCAAGCGCCUCUACCCGGCCGUGGACGAGCAGGAGACGCCGCUGCCGCGCUCCUGGAGCCCGAAGGACAAGUUCAGCUACAUCGGCCUCUCGCAGAACAAUCUGCGGGUGCACUACAAAGGUCAUGGGAAAACCCCAAAAGAUGCAGCAUCAGUUCGAGCCACACAUCCGAUACCAGCAGCCUGUGGGAUUUAUUACUUUGAAGUAAAAAUUGUCAGUAAGGGAAGAGACGGUUACAUGGGAAUUGGUCUCUCUGCCCAAGGUGUGAACAUGAAUAGACUACCAGGCUGGGAUAAACAUUCAUAUGGUUACCAUGGGGAUGAUGGACAUUCAUUUUGUUCUUCUGGAACGGGACAACCAUAUGGACCAACUUUUACAACUGGUGAUGUCAUUGGCUGUUGUGUUAACCUAAUCAACAAUACCUGCUUCUACACCAAGAAUGGACAUAGUUUAGGUAUUGCUUUCACGGAUCUACCGCCCAAUCUAUAUCCCACUGUGGGGCUUCAGACACCAGGAGAAGUGGUGGAUGCCAAUUUUGGGCAGCAUCCUUUCGUGUUUGAUAUAGAGGACUACAUGCGAGAGUGGAGAACCAAAAUCCAGGCACAGAUAGACCGUUUCCCUAUCGGAGAUCGAGAAGGAGAAUGGCAAACCAUGAUACAGAAAAUGGUUUCAUCUUACUUAGUCCAUCACGGGUACUGUGCCACAGCAGAGGCCUUUGCCAGAUCUACAGACCAGACUGUUCUAGAAGAAUUAGCUUCCAUUAAGAAUAGACAAAGAAUUCAAAAGUUGGUUCUAGCAGGAAGAAUGGGAGAAGCCAUUGAAACAACACAACAGUUAUAUCCAAGUUUACUUGAAAGAAAUCCUAAUCUCCUUUUCACAUUAAAAGUACGUCAGUUUAUAGAAAUGGUGAAUGGUACAGAUAGUGAAGUACGAUGUUUGGGAGGCCGAAGUCCAAAAUCUCAAGACAGUUAUCCUGUUAGUCCUCGACCUUUUAGUAGUCCAAGUAUGAGCCCCAGCCAUGGAAUGAAUAUCCAUAAUUUAGCAUCAGGCAAAGGAAAUACUGCACAUUUUUCCGGUUUUGAAAGUUGUAGUAAUGGUGUAAUAUCAAACAAAGCACAUCAAUCAUAUUGUCACAGUAAACACCAGUCAUCUAAUUUGAAUGUACCAGAACUGAACAGUAUAAAUAUGUCAAGAUCACAGCAGAUUAAUAACUUCACCAGUAAUGAUGUAGACAUGGAAACAGAUCACUACUCCAAUGGAGUUGGAGAAACGUCAUCCAAUGGUUUCCUAAAUGGUAGCUCUAAACAUGACCACGAAAUGGAAGAUUGUGACACCGAAAUGGAAGUGGAUUCCAGUCAGUUAAGACGCCAGUUGUGUGGAGGAAGUCAGGCUGCCAUUGAAAGAAUGAUCCACUUUGGAAGAGAACUGCAAGCGAUGAGUGAACAGCUGAGGAGAGAAUGUGGCAAAAACACAGCAAAUAAAAAAAUGUUGAAAGAUGCAUUCAGUUUACUAGCUUAUUCGGAUCCUUGGAACAGCCCAGUUGGAAAUCAGCUUGACCCGAUUCAGAGAGAACCUGUGUGCUCAGCUCUGAACAGUGCAAUAUUAGAAACCCACAAUCUGCCAAAGCAACCUCCACUUGCCCUCGCAAUGGGACAGGCCACACAAUGUCUGGGACUGAUGGCUCGAUCAGGAAUUGGAUCUUGCGCCUUUGCCACAGUGGAAGACUACCUACAUUAGCUAUGCAUUAUGGAGCUCACACUUAUAUUGUGGCAUAGAGUCAACAUGGAAGUAGACCAGCUCUGCUGAUUUGAAACUUAGAUUUUUUAAUUAUGUACUGGGGACAGGUUUUUGUCGCUUUACAUUGCUUCCUAGUUUACAGCAUGAUGCAAAUGAUUUUCUAACUUAGGGUUAGGAGAAAUUGUUUUCCAUCUUUAACCUCUUAGUUGUCUAAGAGUUAAAAUAUUACUGAACUUCAGACGUUCAAAUUGAUCAUCACAAAUCCUUUAAACAAUUACCUAAAAGAAACCAAAAAAUCCUGCCUUCUUUGUUGGGGGGGAGAGGGGAAGGAAAUGGAACAAGUUGUGUUUGUGUUAGCAUGUGGGUGAUGUAAAAACUUCUAAUUGGGAGAUGUUCCGACCCCCGCUCCCAUACAAGCAUUCAAUCAGUGUAACUUGCAAAAUGCAUAAACAUCCGACAGUUUGAAUUUAUAGUGUUGAUGGAAGAAAUCAUUUUUAAUGUGUACUGUAAAACUUGAAAUACUCAGGAGCUGAGUGAAUAUGUUUGUUGCUACUUACAAUCCCGACCUGUUAGUCCCAGUAGUUCUGUUUUAACAUGGUCUUUUUCAACCUUGUUUCCUGUUUCACUACAGACGAUUUCUGUUCUAGACUCACAAGUUUAACUGUUGUAUUAUAACAGUAUUACAUGUCAACAGUGUGGUUAUGACCUUUAUUUAUAUAAAACCAAAUAUUUAGUCAA